UACAUAGUUUGUUUAUUCUAAGAAACUGUAGAAAGUCAGAGAUGUAGCCUGGUGUUUUCAGCAGGACAGCAGACCCAUACUUUCAGUUACAAUAGGAGGACACAGAAGGACACAGCAUUACGUUCAGAUUAUUGUAGUCACAGAAAUCACGGAUUGGGUCCUUUUUUCCUCAGAGUGGUUGCAUGAUGAAAGAUAAAUCCUGAUGAUAAUGUCGCUCUGAAGCUUUAUUGUGGAGUAAACAUGAGCAGCUGACGUCACCGUCACAGUUCCCAGCAGCAAAUCUGUGCUGGGAGCUGCGCAGCCGCUCUGCGCAUCCGUCGGCCGAGGUGGACAGCGCAGCCAUUUCCCUGCCCCCUCGUGAAAAACAUACAGCGGAGAGGGAGGGGGGCUGGCGUUUGUCCAUCACGCAUUUAACCAACCUCCCGCGCGGGAGUCAUGACUUUGGCGGCACGUGCCGGGGCUGCACUCCGCAUCACCGACUGAGACCUCCAAACUUUCUCCCAAUUCAACGCCUGCGCAGACAAACGCACGCAGCUCUCUCCUCCAUUUGGCUUAUGUUUGUGUUUCUGUGGCAGCUAUGGAGGGGGAUAUGCACGGAGGAGGAGAAGGAGGAGGCGGUGGCGGCGGCGGCGACCUCGCAGCGAUGCACGUGAAAACUGAAGCGGUGGAUGAAAAUACAUCUGCGCUGGUUUUGGGCAGUCAGGAGUCGCCUGCGUGCAGGAGAGGAGGAGGAGGGGGAGGAGGGGUGGAUCAGACUGCAGAGGAGCUGGCUGACACAGAGCUGCAAGCAGCCACAACUACUCCUGUGCUGCUGUAUCCUGUGAGCACAGACCGGUUCUUCACCACAUCAGGGGAUGGAAAAACUUACCUGAAGAUAGCUCCAGCUUCAGUGAUGCCACCUGCUCCAUCAGAGAAGACACUUCCCUCUGGCUCAGAUUUUUCCUCCAAAGCUGUUUUAUGUCUGAUUGAGGCUGUUGGGCGCCGCUGGGGCCUGUAUGAAACUCGGGAACGCUCACAACUCUUCCAGAGCGUCCAGGAGGAGAUGGCGUCUAAGGGGCACGUGCUUCCUGUCGAAAAGAUCAGACGCAAGUGGAAUAACCUCAUUGUCACAUACAAGAGGGUUAAAGACCGCAGCCGGGAGACAGGACACGCAAAAACAUCAUGGGAGUUUUUUGAUUUGAUGGAUGCCACGCUCUGUGACACUGUUGGCACUCAGAUCACCAACAACAAACGAAACAAAGGUGGCAACACUGUUUCUACGCUGGCCUGUCCUUUGGCAAAAAUUGCUGCAAAACCACAGCUUUCACAACCCACCACCAUUAUCCGCCCUAAUAAUGACUUUGUUAUGACUGGUGCUUUGGAGUCAGUGGGUCAGGGAGUUGCCACCAGUCAAAUUCUAAGUAGCACAGCUGCCAUGACCUCAGCGACUACGGCAACCAUUAGCUCAACAAAUGCUCCAGAAGUCAAGCCCCUGAUCGUCCUCAACGGUGACAUUGUUACAACCAGUAUUCAUCCAGCCUCCAUUGUGCCAUCUCCGUCUUUUAUCUCCUCACCUUGUUUUACAGAAACAGCCUCUACUUCUCCUUCCCUCGGCUCGACCAGUAACGCAGACCUCCUCAACACAUCACGCUACAUAAGCCGCAAAGCUCCAUCCUUCUCAUCCGGCGUCAUACCUUUUCGUCUUACCGCGGCACCAGUUAGCACCAAUCAGAAUCUCCUUGGCCUCUCCUCCUCUUUCCCUCCUACGUCUACCUGUCUCACUUCCUCUGCCGCCACCUCGCUAUCUGCAACAACUGUGGCGGGAGCUGAAGGACAGAACCAGAAAGGAAACGAGGAGCAGAGCAGCACCGCUUUGCUUCAGGAGAUUCUGAAGCGGCAGGAGGAGCAGGCCUACUUGGAUCGAGUAGCUCGCCGUAGGGUUGAGGCCAGAGAGAAGAGGCGUGAGAGGAGGGAGGUGCGGAUGGCAGAGUCCCUCGGCAGGAUAGCCACCGCCCUGGAGCUGCUCUCCUCUAAACAGGACACAGUCAUUGCUCUCCUGCAGAGACUGGCUGAUCGGAAGUGAUGUCAGGUGAAAAGGUGGAGAGCAUAGGCUCUUUAACCUUUUUCCCCAUCCUGAGAUCAUGCUCUUAAAAACAGCCUGAUACUUAAACAUGACAGAAAUACAAUAGUUGAACAAAAUCUGAUGAACAUCUCACUUUUAUAAAUUAAGGAUAAAUGAAAUAGUGCGUUAUUGUUACAUACUUUACAUUUAGUGCAUUAGAGUCACUGCACUGACAUUCAAUAAAAACAUUCUCCUCAAA